UAGGCUCUUUUGAAGGAUUAAGUUCAUCAUAACGCAGUUUAUAGCGAGCAACGUUCAAAAGUAAAUUCUUCCUCUUACUUCGUUCCGAUGGAGUAUACCUCGAGGAUCUCAAUGCGAGCGUGGGGACCUUUCUACAAACGGACAUCUACUGUAGUGCGGGAAAACACUGCCUUCUCCUCCUCAAAGGAUGAUCUCGACAGAGCUUCUCAGUGAUGCUGUCAUCUCUUGUUGAUGAUAGAUGGAGUCAGACGUCCGGAGUCUGUCUAGCUCAAACCAUAAGAUAAGAGCAUGGUCCAUCUUCUUUUCAUCGAGAACGCCUGCGCCGCCAUCUCUUAGACUGGUGCUCAAUACGGCGGGACUCUUCUCUCGCUGGGCACACUAGUCGAUCACGAGCAAAAUGGCAUUAUCUAUCUCUGACGCACUAUUCACCGCCGUAGUAGUGGAGAUCCUUUUAUAUGGAAUGUACACUUGCCUCUUUCUAGCAUCGACGUACCUUUUAAUAUUCAAAAGGGAGAAAUCCAAAGUGAUCAUCGUCAUGACAAUCUUGAAUGUGAUCAUGUGGUCCGUGUCGACGACUCAUGCCAUAAUAAUCAUCGUCAAAAUACGCCAGAUAUAUCUCCAGGGAGCCGGCUCGGAGAAUGGAGAUGAUGUUAUACGUGUUGUGAAUAACACAUCCCCAGGACUCUAUUCACUCUUAGGGCUAGAAACUAUCAAUUUCUUUAUUGGGGAUGUAAUCGUGUCAUGGAGGGCAUGGGUACUUUGUAACCGUAACAAAUGGAUACUCUUCGUGUCUUCAGCCUUGACGUUAGCUUUAUUCGCAACUGCUAUGGCUUCGCUGCUGUAUACAAUCGGCAGCGUACCCCUGCCAACUGCUACUUCUGAUAAAUCAUUUAAAAGCACCCGGGGGACCAUCGCCAUGGUAUUGACGCUGUUGAUAAAUAUAUGGGCCACGUCUGUGAUCGCUUAUCGUACCUGGGCUCACCAUCGAUCAAUUCGCACCCUGAUUGGUUCAUCCUUCAUUCGGUUUUGCAAGCAGCACGGCAUUCUUUCAUUGAUGAUCGAAUCGGGCAUAUUUUACUGCUGUACAUGGUUUGCUACUGUCAUUCUUCAAAGUGUCUCUGCAAGCAACGGAAUAUAUAUCUUGUUCUGCAUGCUUUCCCAGCUCACGGUGGGAUUCUUCAACUAAUGACUGGGACACCUUGUCCUCAUAACUCUUAUAGGCUAUCUACCCUACCCUGAUCAUCACUCUCGUCUGCUUAAAAUCGACGCUUGAUAUUACUAUGCAAAGUUCUGAACAGAUAACUCGAUCCCUGCAAUUUACCACAGCCUCCGGAUCUUCAAACCGUCCUUCUAUGCUUGCUCCACGGUCAGAGGUUGAAGUAGCGACAACGACA